AUGGUACUUGAUCGAAAGGCUUUGGAAUCGCAAUUGGUAUCUGUCCUUCAAGGCUGCACCAACCUCAAAAAAGUCAAAGAAGUCCACGCUCACAUCUAUCGCAACGACCUCCACCAAUGUUCCUACGUCAUUACCAAACUCAUCCGCGUCCUCACGGUGCUCCACGUUCCAGUGGAAUCUUACCCUCGCCUCGUCUUCUCACAGGUCCAAAACCCUAUCAACCCCUUUCUAUGGACGGCUCUUGUUCGUGGCUAUGCCCUGAAGGGACCACUUUCCGAGGCAUUUCGCCUUUACGCCUCCAUGAGGACGAAAGGCAUUGGUCCCGUGUCAUUUAUGUUCUCUGCUCUGUUCACGGCUUGUGGCGCCGCGCGUGACGCGACCUUGGGGGCGCAGGUUCAUGCCCAAACGGUGUUAGUUGGUGGGUUUGAGUCUGAUUUGUACGUAAACAACACAAUGAUCAAUAUGUAUGUAAAAUGCGGUUCUUUGCACUGUGCACGCAAGGUGUUUGAUGAAAUGUCAGAACGGGAUGUGGUUUCUUGGACCGAGUUGAUUGUUGCGUAUGCGAAGAGUGGUGACAUGGUAUCGGCGCAGGAGCUGUUUGACGGAUUGAAUGUGAAGGAUAUGGUGGCUUGGACUGCAAUGGUUACUGGUUAUGCACAGAAUGCCAUGCCAAAGAAAGCCUUGGAGUUUUUCGAGCGGUUGCAAAACGAGGGUAUGGAGGCUGAUGAGGUUACCUUGAUUGGUGCCAUAUCCGCUUGUGCUCAAUUGGGAGCAUCCAAGUAUGCUAAUUGGAUAAGGGACAUUGCUGAGAAUUCUAGGUUUGAACCAGCAAAGAGUGUUCUUGUGGGAUCAGCAUUGAUAGACAUGUAUUCAAAGUGCGGUAAUGUGGAAGAGGCACAUAAUGUGUUUGCAAGAAUGAAGCAAAGGAAUGUGUUUUCUUACAGCUCCAUGAUUGCAGGGUUUGCAAUGCAUGGCCGUGCUCAUGCAGCUAUUGAAUUGUUUUAUGAGAUGUUGAAGACUGAGACUAAACCAAACCAUGUUACUUUUUUAGGAGUUCUUACAGCUUGCACUCAUGCAGGCAUGGUAGAGCAAGGUCAGAGGGUCUUUGAAACCAUGGAAAAAUGUUAUGGUGUUGCUCCAACUGCUGAUCAUUACGCUUGCAUGGCGGAUCUUCUUGGCCGUGCUGGACACCUGGAGAAAGCACUUCAGCUCGUUCAGACAAUGCCUAUGGAGCCCAAUGAAGGUGUAUGGGGAGCACUUCUUGGAGCAUCACACAUCCACAAGAACCCUGAUGUUGCUGAAGUUGCUUCUAGCCAUUUGUUUGAACUUGAAGCUGAUAACAUAGGGAACUAUCUAUUGCUUUCUAACACAUAUGCAUCUGCUGGAAGAUGGGAUGAUGUGUCAAGGGUAAGAAAAUUGAUGAAAGAGAAGAAUUUGAGGAAAAAUCCAGGUUGUAGCUGGGUUGAAGCGAAGAAUGGUAUGGUUCACGAGUUCUUUGCUGGCGAUGCGACACAUCCUGAAAUUGGUGAGAUCAAGAAGGCUUUAGAUGAUCUUAUGGAGCGAUUGAAGGGAAUUGGAUAUCAGCCAAACCUAAGUUCAGUGCCAUAUGAUAUUGGUGAUGAAGAAAAGAAGCGUUUACUUAUGGCUCAUAGUGAAAAACUAGCUUUGGCAUAUGGAUUGCUAGGCACUGAUCCAGGUUCCACUAUAAAGAUCAUGAAGAACCUUAGGAUAUGUGAGGAUUGUCACAUUGUAAUGUGUGGUGCAUCGAAAAUUACAGGAAGAAAAAUUGUUGUGAGGGAUAAUAUGAGAUUCCAUCACUUCCUCAAUGGAACCUGCUCCUGUAGUAACUUUUGGUAAUGGACACCAGGUCAUUGUGCAGGCAAAAAACUGACAUAUUUUUACGGAACGAAAAGCUUUGAAGUGGGAAUCACCAUUUGUUAUUUUCUGGAUGCAGUAUAUGCUUAGAAACAAUUGCUUUGUGGUUGCCCAGAUAUCAACUUUCAGAAAAGGAAACUUGAAAUCUUAGAUCAAAUUCAGGGUUGCUCAAUUUGUCACCGGGGAAAAUAAUAGAUGGAUGGCAAGGCAAGGCAAGCGACUAUGUUUUUAUGGAUACACAUACAUGCAUGGUCAGAGUAAUAGGGGAUUGAGAUAAAUUGACCAACUUUGAUUCUGUUGGAAUCCUGAAACUUCAUGACACUGACAAAUAAAGCAGUGCUAGUAAUAGAAAGAAUGUGGAGGAGAUACUGAAGAAACCAGCUAAAGGAAACCAUUAUAUUUUUUGUUCUUCAAUUUGAUCCGGUCUAUUAAGAACUAUAUCUCCAUAAUUAUGGAACAGAUAUAGCUGGCUGCUAAAGAGUACCUUGCAAAGAUGGUUCCUUUAAUCAUUACCUACUGUUAUAGGAAGUUCUUAUGAAAACAGACCUAAUAGUCCAAUAUUUUGUGAUUCCUAACUCAGUUAUUAUUCAAAAUUUUAGACAGGAAAAUGUGAAUAUCCAUUCUCCAAUUAUUGCAAUGUAUACUGAAUUGAU